GGCUUUCCUCACAGCGACACCAAUAGCGGACACAAUAUGCAGCGCCAAAUUAGUUCUCAACCUAGCAAGACGUCACAAUAUGGGCUUAAGUUCUGUGGGGCGGCGUUUGCCAACAUGGUUGCGUCGGCCGUAACCAAUCCAGUCGAUGUCGUCAAGGUCCGACAACAGCUUCGCACUCAGGUGGCUGGAUCGAGGGUAAAUGCCUUCUGGCAUGUCGGAGCGGAGAUAGCCCGUCGAGAGGGCUUUCGCAGCCUGAUGAGCGGGUUUACUGCCAGCAUGCUUCGAGAAGUCGCAUACUCAGGCCUCAGGCUAGGCGCGUACGAGUUCUUCAAAGACAAGAUAUACGGCGCCUCAAACGGCGCUUUAACCCGGGAUGGUCUGGUCCUCAAGGUCUGCGCUGCCACGAUUGCCUCUGGAUUGGGUUCGUAUAUCGCUAACCCGGCCGAUCUUGUGAAAGUCCGGAUGCAAGCUUAUUACCCGGAAGGACGGCCAUACAGGACAACCUUGCACGCGACUACAUCAAUCUGGAGAGAAGGACAACAGGGCCCGUAUCGCUCUGGCCUCCAGGCCCUGUACCGAGGCGUUACUGCUACGACUGUCCGCGGUGUUGUUCUCUCGGUCUCGCAGAUAUGUGCAUAUGACGAGGUGAAGCAGAGGCUGAAGCGCGAAGGUGUGAUGCGAGAAGGCAUAGCCUUGCACUCCGUGUCGAGCAUGGUCGCUGGACUCUUUUGCUCGAUAACCUCCAACCCAAUCGACGUUAUCAAAGUACGCCUUAUGAACGAUAAAGAUCACAAAUACAGAGGUACGAUGGACUGCGUCCGGUCCAUCGUCACAAAAGAGGGUCCUCUGGCAUUGUAUAAGGGGUUCGGUAUGUGCUGGGCGCGGCUCGGAACGCAUACCAUCCUCACCUUCAUUGUUUUUGAGCGGCUGCGGUACGCCUUGGGCAUUGAUCCUUUGUAAACCACCAUAUCUGGCCGUAUUGCCUCAGAGAAUACGAAAUUCACGUGUCAUGAGCAGUACAUUUUCCAUCUACAUAAAUUCCAUCUUCGUC